CGGUACGGUGCCCGCCUCGAAAUUUAACGGCAUAAUGAAACUUUUAGUCCAUUUUCCUAUCAAAUCCUGAGUAAAACAUUGCAAAAAAACUAAAAAACAGUGUUUACAUUGUUAUGUUUGAGCAUCGUGGGCAAAAAUCCUAAGAAUGGUUGUUUAAUGUGUUGAAAUACUAGUGGCGGGAAACCGUUUUGAUAUCUCGCUUGACGUGUUGUGUCCUAUGUGUACGUAGAGCGAGAGGAGCCGUCUGCCCUAGAGGGCGGCCGACAUGCUGGAUUCGUCGUGAAUCGAUAUUUUUGGAACGUUGUAGAGCAGAAACCAUGAGGUUCGAGGCUCAAUAAAGGAGAGAGCAUGGAAAAUGCGGAGAGAGGUGAACAAUGACAGCAUGUCCCCGCCGCGAGCGAUGACCCUGCAGGGCGCCAAGGGUCGCGCAGUGGCCGCGGCGGCGGGGCGCGCCAGCCCGGGCCCCCGUGCACACUCGAUGCCAUAUUUUAUAGAAAAUUUAACGCUUAUUAGGCUAUGUCUACAAUAUCUACGGGUGAUAUCACGUUUAUAUCAAAACGUCGCCGCCUCCCUGCCGCGGGUGCGAGUGAACUUUAAUUUUUCAAAGCGUCCGCUAGUCAAAUUAAAAACUGAUGUGGAUAAUAUGUUUAGUUUUCGAACUAGAACAGUGUAUUGUGAUAUUAAAGCAUUGUUAGUGAAGACAAUAGUGCAAUUAUUCGUUGUUGCCAAGUGUGUUGUGUUGCGGUGGAGAUGUCGAGGCGGCGGCGCGCGACGGGCGCGGACGCUGCUGGUGCUGUGGCUGAGCGGGUGCGGCGGCGGCGGGUACAGCGAGGGUCGGCGCGACGGGGACCUCCAUAUUGGGGGUAUUUUCCCCAUGGAAGGCGAAGGCGGGUGGCAGGGCGGGCAGGCCUGCAAGCCAGCCGCCGAGCUCGCGCUCGCGGAUGUCAACGAGCGCCUUGAUUUAUUGUCCGGCUUCAAAUUAUACAUUCACAGCAACGAUAGCAAGUGCGAACCGGGACUGGGCGCGAGUGUGAUGUACAACCUGCUUUACAAUCCACCACAGAAACUAUUGCUGCUAGCUGGUUGCUCCACUGUCUGUACCACCGUCGCUGAAGCCGCCAAGAUGUGGAAUCUUAUGGUUCUCUGCUACGGCGCGUCAUCACCAGCGCUGUCAGAUCGCGCGCGCUUUCCAACGCUAUUCCGCACCCAUCCAUCAGCAACAGUACACAACCCUACUCGGAUCAAACUCAUGCAGAAAUUCGGAUGGUCACGCAUCGCCAUCUUACAACAGGCAGAGGAAGUCUUUAUAUCAACUGUAGAAGACUUAGAAGCGCAUUGCAAGAAGGCUGGUAUUGAGAUCGUGACUCGGCAGUCGUUUCUAUCAGACCCAGCGGACGCCGUGCGCAACCUGAGGCGUCAAGAUGCUCGCGUCAUCGUCGGCUUGUUCUAUGUGGUCGCGGCGCGUCGAGUACUUUGUGAAGUCUACAAACAUCGCCUGUAUGGAAAGUCUUAUGUCUGGUUUUUUAUUGGUUGGUACGAAGACAACUGGUUCGAAACCAACUUGGAGAAAGAAGGUAUAGACUGUACACCUGAACAGAUGCGAGAAGCUGCCGAAGGUCAUCUGACGACAGAGGCUCUCAUGUGGAACCAGAACUCCAACCAGACCACCAUCUCCGGAAUGACGUCCGAAGAUUUUCGGACGAGGCUGAACGGGGCUUUGCGCGAAGCUGGCUACGACAUCGACGGCGAGAGAUAUCCGGAGGGAUAUCAAGAGGCACCCCUGGCCUACGACGCUGUUUGGGCUGUCGCUUUGGCUUUCAACAAGACGAUGGAGAAACUAGAGAAAAGUGGUCUUAGUUUGAAGAACUUCACAUAUACAAACAAGAAAAUUGCCGACGACAUUUACGAGGCAAUAAACUCGACGUCAUUCCUCGGUGUAUCGGGUUUGGUGGCGUUCUCGUCUCAGGGUGACCGCAUAGCGCUGACUCAGAUAGAACAACUGACCGACAACCAUUAUGUGAAGCUUGGAUAUUACGACACACAGGCCGAUAAUUUAACGUGGUUAGAACGAGAGCGGUGGGUCGGUGGGAAGGUGCCCCCCGACCGUACCGUCGUAGUUAACGAGCUCCGCACCGUUUCUCUGCCGCUUUUUGCGUGCAUGACCGCACUCUGCAUCGCCGGGAUCCUCGCCGCCAUCGCGCUAAUUGUCUUCAACAUCCUGCACAGACAUCGGAGGGUGAUUCAGUGGUCGCACCCAGCGUGUAACACGGUCAUGUUGUGUGGCUGCUGUAUCUGCCUGAGUGCGGCCAUUGCGUUGGGCGUGGACGGUCGCUGGGUGAUGCCGCAACAUUUCUCUGGGCUGUGCGCUGCCCGGGCGUGGCUCCUAGCCACAGGCUUCUCAAUGGCAUACGGCGCCAUGUUCACGAAAGUAUGGAGAGUGCAUCGGCAUACGACUAAACCCAAAGUGGAAACAAAGAAAAAGCGCAUCCACGGCUGGAAACUAUACACAAUGGUUGGAGGCCUACUGGUGGUAGACGUGGCACUCCUGACUGCCUGGCAACUCAGAGAUCCUCUGGAGAGGCGCGUGGAGACCUUUCCUCUGGAAGCACCAAGACACCACGACGAUGAUGUCCAUAUAAGACCUGAACUUGAACACUGCGAGAGUAAACACAAUACUGUUUGGCUUGGUGUAAUGUACGGCUACAAAGGACUAGUGCUGGUAUUCGGCCUCUUCCUGGCAUACGAGACCCGUUCGGUGAAAGUACGCCAGAUCAAUGACUCCAGAUACGUUGGCAUGAGCAUAUACAACGUGGUGGUGUUGUGCCUCAUCACAGCCCCAGUGACCCUCGUCAUCGCCAGCCAACAAGACGCUGCAUUCGCCUUCGUGUCUCUAGCUAUCGUGUUCUGCUGUUUUCUCAGCAUGGCACUGAUUUUUAUUCCUAAGGUGAUCGAGGUGAUCCGUCAUCCCACGGAGCGUGCAGAGAGCGGCCGGGGCUCCGGGUCGGGCUCCGCCCCAGCCGACGAAGAGCGCUACCGGGAACUAGUCAAAGAAAAUGAAGAGUUGCAGAAACUCAUCGCACAGAAGGAGGAGCGGAUUCGGGUGCUGAAACAGAAGCUGGCGGAGCGGGAGGCGGCUGCGGCGGGCGUGACGCAAGAUGUACAGGACGAACACAUCUGAUCGCAAGGCAAUCUCCGAUAGAAAUAUUAGACUAAUAGCUGAAUUUCAUGUUGAAUAGAAGUGUCAUGGCGCCGUAGUGAAUUUCUUUUAUAUGGAUAAGAAAUAAAAGUGUUCUUAUAUUGUUAGUUAACUGGACUAAGUACGCAAGUCGCGCCCAAGGAAUGUUCUAAGCGAGAACUUGUAGCUAAUCAAUUACUAUUAUAUACUGUACCGACAGUUGUACAUUGUUUUGUUUAAGUUAUGUAGGAUCUACAUAGUGUGCACGGUUCGAGACACAACAUAGUUUGAAUAAACUUGUUAUAAAAUAGUUGAAUGUAAAUGAUCGUUGCUCAGUGUAUAAUAAAAUGAAAGAUAAUGUUAAAAAUGAAAUUAUAAGAUCCCGUUAAUAUCCUCAAAUCGAAGACUUUGAUGUACCGUCUCUCUAUAAUUUGAUAUAGAUGUUAAACAAUAUAAAAACAAAAAAAUAAAAACUUUCAUGUUUCCCUUUAAAUAUACUUCUUUAUACAUACGUCUGGAUCUAAUACCUCUAGAAUGUACCUUGUAAAUUUUAUAAAUACAUGUUUCAAUCUACAAUUUCAAUAAAAUGUAGUAUUAUGUUUAACAUAUCACAAUAAAACUUAUGAUGAACUCUGAAUAGAAGACGUUUUUGAAAUUAUAAAUAAGAUAUUUGGUCAAUGUACCUAAUGUUAAUGAAGCGGCUCAAUUCCAGUGAUUAUUGAUGCCAAAAUCAUUUUAGGAACACUCCAUACAUACAUAAAAGAAGCAUCAUGAGAUUGUUCAAAUCAUUGUCACUGUGAGUAGCUUAAAAAGUAACUUGACGACUGCGACAAAUACACUAUACUUGAGAACAACAGAAAAUCAAUACUAGACUAUAAGUAAAAUCCAUUUACAAAUUAAUCUAGUCAAAUAAUUCAGAAACAAGUCCGUCAUACCAUUAGAGACAUAGAUAUAUAAUACAAUUGUUACAGCACUGCCAAAUCAUUUAAGUAUAUUUGUAAGUAGAAUAAAUGGAGAAAAGUCUUAGAAGUCUAGAAAUAGAUCCUCAUUGUGUCUAGUUUUGUUUCAUUUCGAGAAUCUCCGGUAAUAAGAAUACAGGUAAAUAUAAUCUUAUGAGAUUAAAUAUUGAUAUUACAGCUGUUCAGUUGUAUGUAGGUAUCGCGUCCACAAUGAUAACCGUGGCCAUGUAGAAUGGUUGUACCCGAAUGUCUUUUUGGCGUGUGUUCAAAAGCCAGUCCGGUUUUAUUUCCGCAACUUUAAAAGAAAAAUCCAUCCAAAUAGCAUCGCUGUGUCUGAAGUUCGCUAUUACUGUGGAAUGAUGUUACAUAAUAGAAAUUUUGCUUCAUUUAUUGUCGCUGUACCUCAGGUUAGGGUGUCAUACUUAGCAACCGUACACUCUUCUUAAAGUGAUUGAUUCUCGAAAUUGUACUAGAUGUUUAUGUCUGUUCUCUCGUUUCAAUGAAUGCGUUAUUUAUCAAUGUGUUUGUUACAUAUUUAUAGUUUUAUUUAUCUCUGUAUAAGACACACCUUUGUUAAUUAUUAUAUUAUAAUAUAAUAAUGUUACUAACAUCACGCAUUCGGCCUUAGAAAGAUUUGACUGCAUAGAAUUUAAUGAUUUUUGUUACGGGUGUCACGAAAUUGUUGUCUAACGUUGUACAUAUUGUUUCUUAAAUUUUAAAUACAUUUAGGAAAUCGUUGGUAUUCUAAAUUUUAUUACAUUUUGAAAUGAUUACGAUGUAUAAUUGUGACCCGGCCAGCGGCAGGAGGUCCGCGGUGCGCGGGAAGCCUGCCGCGGGGCGGGGAGAGGUCGUACAAGUUUAUCUAGAAUGUUAGUCAUAAUGUCAAGUCUAUGGUAAGCUUCGUAAUUAGUACAUUACUUUCCUGUGAUCUGUACGUUUGGUUGUAUUAAACGUUUCACCCAAAUCAUCACUGUGUAAAUAAAGAGUCAUCGAAUGA